UCUUUCAAUCAAACCAUUCAAUCACAGAAAAGGGUGCAAUCCUACUCAAGCUGAUCUAUCAACUCUACUCAGCGUGAAAGCAGGAUUGGACUUUGCUCGUAGCCCAUCGGCUGCUUGCUCUUUCCAUCUGCUUCACCAACAUCAACCCCCAAAAAGAUGGAUGACGACAAUGGUGCGAUUACCCAAUUGGGAGAUUUGGCAUUGGGUAAUUUGUUGACAGAAUUAGGUGUAGAAGCAAAUAAUGCAGAUGUUUCUCGUCUGGUUGGUGGCCCUAAAUCACGUCCAUCUCAAUUAUUGGAACAAGAUCAAAUUUAUAACGAACGAUAUGAAGACGAUGAUAAUGAUUUGGGAGAUCUACCUGCAGAUUAUGCAAGUAGGCAACAAGAUGAAGAAGCGACAACCAACGAUUCUGCUUCUUACAAUCGAGAUAAGUACAUGCGGAUGGGCUUAGAUGCGAUCAGCAAGAGCAAAAGUCGUAUUCGUGGAGAGGAUGAUGAUUUCGAUGAAGAUGCAGACGCAGAAGGGGAGGAGGAUGAAAGUUAUGAUGUUCCGCUCAAUCAAGCAAUCAAAGUCAAACAGGAACCUCUUGAUGUCGCUAUGCAAUCACCUCCUUCUUCGCCUUCCGAGCCUACUCCUCCACCCGUCUUGGCUCCACAACCUGUUGAUGUCAAACAAUUGUGGCCCGGAUUUGAGGAAGGGGCCAUUCUCAACUUUACGGAUCUGUUCACCUCAGCACCGCGAAAGAGACGCAAGAUGAUUGGAAGGACACCAAAAAUCAAAGAACUACGAGAAGAGGAUAUGCAACCAUACAAGAGCACUCGAGACUUACUUGCAAAUGAAGAUUUGAUGACCGGUAAACGCUCAUUUUCAGAAGGACUUGUACACCAGCUAACAGCAACGGAUGAUAUGGAUGUUGAGCGAAUCAUGAAAGAGCAACAUACCCUCCAAGCGCUCACCAGACCAAACCAAAUGCUAGAUGCGUCUGCUCUGGAUGAUUGGGAGGAUAGAAUUAUAUGGGGUGAUCCGGUGGAAGAGGAAGAUCAGCCGCAACAAAUUGUCAAUAUCAAUCGACCGUACAAUCGUGAACUCGAUCAAGGUGACUGGCUUGAUGGGAUCAUCUGGGAUGUCGAUGCACCACACAAAGAUUAUACGCAAUUGCUGCUAGAUUUGAAUGAUCCUGAAAUGUUGCUGGAGACCAAGAGUGGAGAGGAACAGGAAAAGAGUACUUCUUUGCUUCGUUCAGAUGCGCCUGCUGUAUCACUGAGAGCUGCUCGAGCUGCUAUUGGCUUGGAUCCUUUCAAUUUGAGCAACGAUCGAUUCUAUGAACUUUCCAAGGAAUACCGCAUGAAGAGCAUUCGUCAAACGCUUGGACAACUAGAAUUGCAACAUGCACGACCUGCAGUCAAGCUUCAAAUGCCAUUCUACAAAACACGUAUGAGCAAGCAAGAAGCAAGAGACUUCCACAGGCCUGUCAUUCACUUCCCAUCCAAUGUUCCUCUACGUUUCUCUAAAGUACGUAAAGAGAAGCGCAAGAGUAAGGAUGAAGCCAAGAGCAGGAGCAAGAAAGAUUUCACGCAGCUACUCAAGACCACCCGUGAUCUGACACUCAAGGACACCAGUUCGUUCAUCUUGUAUGAGUACACGGAAGAGUACCCUCCCGUGCUAUCAAACUUGGGAAUGGGAAGUCUGCUAGUGAAUUAUUACAGAAAGCGGGAUGCUCGAGACGAACACAUACCCAAGUCGGACUUGGGAGAAACGGUCGUUUUGGAUGUUUCGGAUGAAUCACCAUUUAUGAAGUUCGGAUCAGUUGAGCCAGGAAGAGUACAGCCGACAUUGUACAACAGAAUGAUUCGUGCUCCUCUUUUCCGACACAAGCCGGCCCAUAAUGAUUUCCUGUUGAUUCGUAGCACCACAAAGUCUGAGGUACGCUACUACAUUCGAGACAUUCGAAACUUGUUCGUUGUCGGUCAAACAUACCCAUUGGUCCCUGUGCCGGGUCCACAUGCCCGUCUUGUUACGAAUGCGUUGAAGUACAGGAUGCAAUUGAUCACAUACAAGCUGUUGCAGAAGAGCAUUGGUGAAAGGAUCAAGAUUCAUCGUAUCAUGAAGUACUUCCCUGAUCAGAACGAACUUCAAAUGCGUCAAAGAAUGAAAGAAUUCAUGGAGUACCAUCGACGUGAUAAAGAUCAAGGAUAUUGGAAGCUCAAACCAGAUCACGUCCCGCCAACGGAAGAGGAUCUGCAAUCCAGACUGACACCUGAGCAUGUCUGUUUGAUCGAAGCCAUGCAAGCUGGACAACGACAUUUGCUCGAUGCAGGAUACUCUAAAACUGCAGAAGGCUAUGAAGAAGAGAAUCAAGAUGAAAGUCAAAUGGAUAUCGAACAAUUGCUUGCGCCUUGGAUCACUACAAAAAAUUUCAUGCAUGCUACGCAGGGCAAGGCAAUGUUGAAGUUGUAUGGAGAUGGAGACCCAACUGGACGUGGUGAAGCGUUUAGCUUUUUGCGUGUUUCGAUGAAAGAUAUUUUCAUUCGUGCAGGCGAAACGGAAGAGGAAAGGAUGGCAAUGCAACAGAUGGAAGAAGAGAAAUCCGGACACAAGUACAACGUUGCCAGACAACAAGAAGUAUACAAGAGUGAAGUCCAAAGGAUUUGGAACACUCAACGUAGAUCGUUGGAAAAUCCUACACCACCUAGACUUACACAAGCGGAAUUGGAAGCGGCUGAAGCUGCAGAAGCCGAAGCGGCAGCUGGACAACAAAAGGAGAUUGCCAAUAAUAUGCGUGCUCAAAACCGUGCUCAUUCUAUGCGUGCGGGAAGUCCAUCUGGCAGUCAAGUUGGUACGCCAAGGCCGGAUGAUUUGGAGAGCAAUGCUGACAUUGGCAAAGUGUUACGUAUUCGCAGAUUCAAGAACGGUAGAUGGAAUACGGAAAUUGUUCGUGAGACUGGCGUGAUUCAUGCUUAUAUCCGUCAACGUCAAAGGAUUGAAGAUGAACGUACGGCGACAGAAGCUUUAUUGCCAACGGGUGAUGCUGCAUUGGAUGCUUUGCGUAAGAAACGUUUGGAGGAUGAGAUCAAAUCAAGUCUCAAGAACAGAGAUCGACGUCUUCAACGAAAGAAUGCAAAAGCCUUGGCAGAAGGUUUACCGAUUGAAGGCGGUGCACAGGCUUUAUUGAACAAGACGGAUACUAAGCGUCGUUGUGGAAGAUGUGGACAAGUUGGACAUAUGAUGACAAAUACAUCCUGUCCGAUGUUCAAAGCAGCACAAAAAGAAAAAGGAGCAGAAAUGACAAUGCAAGGCGUUCCCGUUCCCGGUGGAAUUGGAGGACCAGGAGGACCGGGUCAUCGACCAAACAUGCUACAACAGUCAUCUUGGUUUGCACCUUCGCCUGCUGCUUCCGUUCCUCAAAGUCCUCUUACACCAGGUCAAGGAUUCAUGUCACCUUCAACACCCGCUACGCCAGGUCCUCCUGCCGCAAGUCCUGCUGCCGGAGGUGCAGGCAGUCCACCAGCUGAAAAUGCUGCUCCAAAAUUGAAAAUCAAACUUAAUCGUGGGAAGUGAACAACGACAAUGUACAUUACCUCGGAUCGUAGUUAUCCCUUGUAUAUUAUUUAAAACACAUUCUCACUCAAGAAAUACAGUCUGAAAUGAGAUUAAUUGAAAAAUGAG